AUGAACGCUCAGGCCACGAGUGAGGGCGCACCAGUAGUGCUGCUCGACUCGGCCGUGCUAGACUUUCUUCUUAUGGAACUGGUUGCCGAAAAUACCGCAUCGCUGUUGCCUGCUUCAGCAGCGGGUUUUGGAAAACCGGACGCACCAGUGCGCCACGGGUCGGUACCAGCACCGCUGUGGCAGCGACCACGAAAACCUCAGCACCUCCACACGACAAGCGAGAACGACCAGGGCACUGAAGCACUCACAACCGAGACCCUGGCGCUCGCUCGAGUCGAGGAGGCCGGCUUCUACGUCGGCGAGCGACUUGGCCCCCGAGUGCCAAGGGUCGGGGCCCUCGCUGGAAACCCCGUCUCAGAGCUCGAUGCCUUGAAAGUACUUUGUCGUGACCUGUGGCGAACUGUUUUCGGCAAACAAGUGGACAGCCUGAAAACAAACCACCGUGGCGUUUACGUGAUUUUCGAUGCGAGCUUUCGCUGGCUUCGCCAUGUGCAGGAACUUCCCGAGAGCGUAGGAGCACCAUCCUGGUACUGUGUGUUUCCAGCCGGCCUUAUUCGGGGCUUUCUCGCCCAGCUUGGACACCCGUGUACGGUGCAGGGCGUCUGCGAGCCGGCACCACCGAGUGCGGUGUUCACUGUUCGCAUGCACUCCUCAUCCGCUCCGGAUUCAGAGACUGUAGCGAGCGAGCCCAGACAAACGUAA